AUGGCGACAGAUUCACUGGUUUUGGACUACUAUAACGACCCACCCGCAAAGGCGGGCAUCCAUAGUGCUAUCACAGCAUUCUUCGAUAGAGGAGGUGGUCAUUGCGAUCUGGGGCGCUACAGCAAGGAGUCUCUUUUGCUCGAAGAAACGGUAGUCGUAAAGGACGACCGCGGCGUCGGUUACCUUGCCAUGAAGAAGGACUCUACCACGGAGACCAUAGUAUCUUUGACCGCUGUUCUAGUAGACGCCAGCCUCCCACCUUACCGGGACACGAAGUCGCUUUUCCAAACUCGCCGCGGCAAGAAGGACAUUCCAGUCAAUCGCGUAUCUCUCGCCUGGUACGGCCACUCGACUUACGAGGCAACUCGCGUUGGAUUCGAGAAUAUCCGAACUCAGUUCAGCCUCAUGUACGACGGCAUGGACAAGAUUCCCGUUGCCGUAGUCGCCGGACAGCCAGCUAUAACAUGCGAGAACCGCAUCGUCUCUAAGGUGGAGCAGGUGCCCGACGGCGUUCAGGACGUGGACAUCGGUCCUGGUCAAGAUCCGAACGGCAUCAUCAAAACAAAUCUACUUUCCUCGCCUAACUACCGCUACGUCGAAGAUAACUCGAUCACAUACGCGAAGAUAACCGGCCGCACCGAAACCGGCGACCUCACAAUUGAAUCAUGCUUACCAGAGGAGUUGAAGGUUGGCAUGAUCGUAUGCGUUCAAGUCGCGCCUUGUGUAGUGCCAACGGUGAAGAGAGGCUUCAAGGUCAUUCUCAAGUUGAGGAAUGUCUUAGCCGUCAGUGAUGACGUCUACAAGGCCUAUGUCUUCAAAGCCCGCAUCAGCGAUUACAACAACACACCGAAGCCCGGAGGGGGACUCAAGCGCUCAGCGAGCCUACCCCAGUGGGUAUCGAACAAGAAGAAUCCGUUCACUAUGGCAGAUGUCCGUAUGAGAGACGAGAGAGAGGAACAGAAUGAAGGUCAGAAUGAAUCGGGAGAAGGGGCAGCGGGCGGCAUAGUCGAGAGAUUCGGAAGACUCAACACCAGACCUUCGACUGGCACGAUGAACGGCGACCGCAGCGAAGGGGCGAACAGCUCUUCUUAG